CGCAGGGAUGCGUGGAGACCAAUUGCAGACGCUACACGAUGAAGGAGCCGCAUUGCGAGUCUAGACCAUGUGCUCGUUGGUGUCAUGCAGGUCCUUGAACUACUUGAUGGUUUUCACUUUGAGAACCAAUGCCCCGUCACGAAUACUUCACGUUACCGGAAGAAGAGCUGCCACUCGUUCAUGCACGCCAACGACGAACCGAGCUCGCCACCUGUGUCUCGCAUCGAGAUGGUCGUGCAUAACACGAUCGUGGCCAACUCGCGCUUCUUCGUUGUUAGCGUCUUCAUCACCACCCCCACCAAGACGUACGGUCUGUACAAGGUGACGGAAGAAGAAAGCGUGAAUCACAUGUAG